GUUUCAGAUUGAUUGGAGUCAUAAACAAAAAGACAACAAAAACAGAAAGAAAGGGAGAAGAAUUAGAUAAAUGUCUGUUUAUUAUGCCUCUUUUGGUUUCCUCUUCCUUAUAGCCUUCCUCGCAAGCUUGCCUUCUUCUACUCAGCUACAAGAACCAACUUACAUCUACCAUGUUUGUCCUAACACGACAACUUACCUUGAAAAUAGCACAUACUCUUCCCAUCUUAAAACCCUUUUGUCCUCUCUUUCUUCCAACAAUCCCUCUUUCUCCAGCGGAUUCUAUAGCACCGCUGCAGGUCGGAGUCCUGAUGUGGUAUUCGGGCUUUUCCUAUGCAGGGGAGAUGUCUUGCCGGAAAUCUGUCGUGACUGCAUCGUCUUCGCUGUCAAUGACACUCUGUCUCGAUGUCCAGAGGAGAAAAAGAGCUUGAUAUGGUAUGACGAGUGCAUGCUUCGAUACUCUGACGAGAAUUUUUUCUUGGAAUCUUCACUUCAGAAUGGAACAAAUGGAAUUAUCUUGAUUAACACUCAGAAUUGCAUUCCUGACCUGACGAGAGAAGACUGCUUAAGUUGUCUGCAACGAACCAUCAAUAGCUUACCCACUGAUAAAGUUGGGGGAAGACUUGUUGUGCCGAGCUGUAGUUCAAAAUACGAGGUUUACCCGUUUUACAACGAAUCCGCCGUUGGAACACAUCUACCUCAGCUGGAUCCAGCUUCUCCACCACCACCUGGAGAAGGCGGAAACUCCUCUGUCAUAGUUAUCGCUGUUGUUGUUCCAAUGACGAUCAUUUUUCUUCUUUUAGUAGCUGUUUUUAGUUUCCGAGCUAAGAGAAAGAGGUUGGUUCAUGAGACAGAACCACUAGCUGGAGAAGAUGCUGAAGAUCGUCCAACCAUGUCAGCGAUCGUUCAAAUGCUCACUACUAGCUCCAUCGCUCUCGCCGUGCCAAGACCACCUGGAUUUUUCUUCCGAAGCAAGCAUGAACAAGCAGAAAGAGCAGCUACAAGAGUCACUGGACGACGAUAUGGAAUCUUGACGGUCGUUGUCAAGCGACUCAUCCAAGACACGAAAAGCUGUUCGACUCCCGCGUUCUCCUCACGCGCGACGUUUCAAUUUCCGUUUGACCGAGCUUCUGCUCAAAAUCCAUUUUACCUAUAUCAUAAUUGUUCAAUCACGACAACUUACUCAAGUAACAGCACUUACUUCACCAAUCUCAAAACCCUUUUGUCCUCUCUCUCUUCCCGUAACGCCUCUUACUCCACCGGUUUCCAAAACGCCACGGCGGGACAAGCCCCCGACAGGGUCACGGGACUUUUCCUCUGCCGCGGAAACGUCUCGCCGGAAGUUUGCCGUAACUGCGUAGCCUUUGCCGUAAACGAAGCGUUAACUCGGUGUCCAAAAGAUAAAGAAGCCUUGUUAUAUUACGAGCAGUGUCUGAUCAGAUACUCUAACCGGAAUAUACUAUCCACUCUAAACAUCGAUGGAGGAAUGUACAUGCAGAACGCAAGAGAUUUUACGUCUGUCAAAAAAGAUCGGUUCAGAGAUUUGGUCUUGACCCCUAUGAACUUAGUCGCCAUUGAAGCCGCGAGGAGUUUCAAAAAAUUCGCUGUGAGAAAAAUUGAUUUAACUGCAUCCCAGAGUUUGUACGGAAUGGUACAGUGCACUCCUGACCUGACGGAACAAGACUGCUUAAACUGUCUGCAACAAAGCAUCAAUCGAGUAACCAAUGACAAAAUUGGGGGAAGAAUGCUUCUGCCGAGCUGUAGUUCAAGAUACGAUAAUUACCCGUUUUACAACGAAUCCAUAGUUGGAACACCACGACCUGGAAAAGGCGGAAACUCCUCUGUCAUAAUUAUUGCUGUUGUUGUUCCAAUCACUGUCCUUUUUCUUCUGUUGGUAGCUAUUUUUAGUGUCCGGGCUAAAAAUAAGAGGAAGCUUUGUUAUGAGAUGGAACCACCAGCUGGAGGCUCACUUCAGUUUGAUUUUAAGGCAAUCGAGGCAGCCACGGAUAGCUUUUUGGAGAUUAACAAGCUAGGUCAAGGUGGGUUCGGCGAAGUUUACAAGGCUUGGAGACUAUGGAGCAGUGGGUCGCCAUUAGAGCUUGUGGGUCCGUCAUUUGGAGAUAAUUAUCAAACAAGCGAAAUUACCAGGUGCAUCCAUAUCGCUUUACUAUGUGUUCAAGAAGAUGCUCAUGACCGUCCAAACAUGUCAGCGAUCGUCCAAAUGCUCACUACUAGCUCGAUAGCGCUCGCGGUGCCUAGACCACCUGGAUUUUGCUUUUGGAGUAGGCAUGAACAAGUAGGUGAAGUUGGUCCAUCAAUGGAUACAUCUGCGCUCUGUUCAGUCGACGAAGCUUCCAUUACUAGUGUAGCUCCUCGUUGAAGACAAAAGUAUUUAUAAAUCUCAACUUUUGUAAUAUAGGAUUCUAGACUAU